UUUUUUUUACUAUAAAUCCCUACUUUCUAAUUAUUUUAUUGUUUAUGGAGAUUUGCACUCUUUGUGCAUGUGUGGGCUUUGAGGAGAAUUGGUAGUAAAAAAUUACAGAAAUAUUUAUCUAUUUCUCACCAACACCUAUCAUAUUGCUUCUGAAGAUAUGGAUUUAACCACUGGAGUCAUAUGAGUUAUGUUAAUGCUACUUUUAUAGGCUUGUUGGACCUUUAAAGUUCUGGACACCAUUCACUUGAAUUUCUAAAAGAUGACUUUUACCUGUAAGGCGGGACUUCCUUUCUACAUCCGCCAUAUUGGGCGUUCCAAGUUCUACCCUUUAUUUAAAUACAAGUGGUCUGUCUUGGGUAAUAACAGUCUUUGGCAACAAUCACUUAUAAUCGUACAAUUUCUCCCUUUCAUUUUAAUACAAGUUCUCCCUCUCGUGCUAAAUAGUUUCUGAUAUACAUUUCUUUCUUGCACUCUCUGGUACACUCUUCAAUGAGUUGUAUUAUCUUAUCAAAUUUAACAAUAUUUAAAAAUAUAAUAAUAAUACUUGGAUGUUUUGUUCCAAGAAAUAAAUUACACAUCAUACCUCAAAGCUCAAACGAAAAUGUCGACGCCGCCAUGUUUUAAAAAAUGUACAUUGCUAACAAGUUGAUAAGGACUUCAACUACCACAAACAUGUGUGUGCGUACCAGGGAAAACGGUCCUUUUCUAGCAACUUGUUUUAUUUGCACAAGCAGAGGUAUCUUAAGCUAUCCAGGCUCACCGAGUGCUUAGUUGAUGUGGAGUAGCCUACUUGGUUAAAUCUUUAAAAUUGCUCAUGAAUAAGAAAUGUUCUUCUUUUUUAAGAUAUUGUGAUAAAAUUUUGUAUGAGGACAAAUAUUAAGUUUUUUUUUAAUGUUUUAUUCAUUUAUUUAUUUUUCUUCUAUUGUUAUUGCCUUUUUGUAUAUGCAAUUAUAACUAUACAAUUGUUAACUUUUUUGCCUUCACAAUAAUUAAAAAAAAAAAACUUGUUUGCAGCAUGGCGGCUUCAACGGGAUCCCAUUUAUUUAGGAACUGCCACUUUGUUAAAACAAAUUUGGAAUGAUGUCUCUCAGUUUGUUUGUAUGAAAACUAAUUAUACAAUCUCCCUUGAAGAAAACAACGUAUUACUUCAUUUUCACCUCAGUAACAAGGAUGUCAACCUUUCUUUUAUAACAAAUGUCUUAUUUAUUGAAGAUACUUUACACACGAUGGAAUGGUUGGAAAAUAAAAUAAAUCAUAAAAAACCCAUAGGAAAAUCCCGACAGCUCUAUAACAAAGACAAUUAAACUUUAUGGGCAGGCAAUACAGAAGCAGCUCACGAAUAUUAAUUAAGUUUCGUGACGUAGCCUACACCUAGUAGGUCAAACUGAUUUGCUGACAGGGAUGCGUUGGUAAGUACGUUUUAUGUUUAAUGUUUAUUAUAGUAUUCUAAAAUGUGAAAUGUAAACUUUAGAUUAGGAUAUUAGUAUGAUAUCCUAUCCAUUCCGUUUGAACAAGCGUCAGAAAAGUUAAGCCAGAUCAGCAACAGUAACUAAUGGUCGGGGCUUAGCGAAGGUUAAAUUUCGCCCUGCUGCAUCAUUUUACCAGCAGCAGAUGGCGCCAAAUUACUAUAAAAUGCGCGAGGUACGGUAAAUCAGUAGAAUAAAAGGAAAGUAAACGUUAAUAAAACACUGGCAUCUCUUUUGUCCUGCCACAUAUACAGUAAUGAAUGUCGUUGGCGUGUUAAUAACUUGCAAGAUGUGACAUCUGUGAAAUUUGUGAGAAAAAAAUUAUAACUGCAGUCGUCGAUGGGCGUGGCUCGGCUCACCUGGAGUUACGUAUUGCGCUUAGAUGUGAAUGUGAAUGUACAAGGGUGGUGGAGGUGUAGGAAUCUGCUCACAUUUCAUCAGUACAGUCAAAUGUGACAUCUGGACUCUUUCAAAAAUCAAAGUGUGUGUGAUAUUAUCUGGGAUAUUGCAGCGGUUUGCUGGGAAUCUCAGGCAGAUAUUCCUCAAGUGACAAACACCUUCAACCAGCCCAAGCACAAACCAUGUCUCACAGAAGGUCUGAUGGCUCCAUGAUUGACCAAUCUCUCUUGCUUCCGGAGAGCCGUCUCUGCACCUUCCUUCAGCCGGACCAGCCAUCGGGACGUUCAGCUUCGAACAUCGACCUGUCCAGAGUGGACUCGCCUGAGGAUGAGAAGAGAAUUGUGGUUCUCAGCACCCAGAGUGAAGCAGCUCGUAAGCGGGGUACACAACAACUCAUACCCAAGAACCUGGCGGUGACCAGCCGGCCGAAAAACCGAUAUCACACUACUGUGGUGACCCUGCCAGUCCCCCUGCAGCCCUCCUGGGAGGACUAUGACAGUGAUGGUGUGGAUGGGUUUUCGCUGAGGAGGAACCGCAGGAAUAAAUCGUAUCGCGCUGCCGUCACCAGUCUAGAUAUUGACGCAUUGGCAAAUGAAGUUACAGAAAAUCUGAUUUCAGUUAGUGAAGAGAAGGUGGUGAGCCCAAAACAAGCAAACAAAUCCAGAAACAAGAGAACAUUGGGCAGAAUAAGGAACAGGAAGCAUGCAGGAUCAUUUAAAGAUGAGCCACAGUUCUACCAGGAAAUCAAGGAGCGAGGUCUGAACUCCAGUAACCUGAGCACAGAGGAGGACGAGUUCACACCGACUGAAACGCCAGAGAUAGACCAGGGCAUUGUGGUGAAGAACUACAGGGCAGCAUACAUGACGUGGAGUCAACUUCCACAGGUGAAGGAAAUGGGUAUUUUGGACAUCAUCUCCCCUGAAGAACGCAAAAGACAAGAAGCCAUCUUUGAAAUCAUCACGUCAGAAUAUUCUUAUCAGCACAGUCUGAGCAUCCUGGUGCGUCAUUUUAAAGACAGUGUGGCUUUGAGGAAGACCAUGAAUGCAACUGAACACCAUCACCUCUUCUCCAACAUAUCUGUCAUCCUGGAUGUCAGCAAACGGUUUUUUGAGGAUCUUGAAAAGCGUCACCACAGACACCCUUUAAUCCUGGACAUCAGUGAUAUAGUGCAGACUUAUUCUACUCAACAAUUUGAGCCGUACAUUGUCUACUGCUCCAAUGAGACCUUCCAGCAGAGAACACUACAGAAACUACUUGUGGGUAACACUGUGUUUCGUGAGACGUUGAAGCAGAUAGAAAGCAGUGAAGAGUGUGGUGGUCUGCCCAUGAUUUCCUUCCUCAUCUUACCCAUGCAGAGAGUUACUCGUCUACCUCUUCUUAUGGAUACUGUCUGUCAGAAGACCCCGAAAGAGACAGCUGAAUACUUUGCUGCCUGGUGGGCUUUAAAAGCGAUCAGUAAGUUGGUGAAAAGCUGUAAUGAUGGAGCGCGGAGGAUGGAGAGAACAGAGCAGAUGUACACCAUCCAGAAACAGAUGGAGUUUGGCAAAAUCAAGCCUUUUCCACUAGUGUCGUCGUCUCGCUGGCUGAAGAAGAGUGGAGAGCUGGCCGUGUACACUGAGGAUCUCAGCAUCUUUCGGAAGGCUUUCAGCUUCAAGAGCUACUACCUGCUCCUCUUCAAUGAUGUGCUCAUUGUCACCAAGAAAAAGAGUGAGGAGAGUUAUGUGGUGUUGGACUACGCCACUGUGGAGAACGUGGAGGUGGAGGAGGAGAUGACCGACUCUAAACUUAAUCUGAAGCUGGUGAUGAAUCCCAACAGCGAUGGCCGCGCUGAACAGAUGAUGCUCGUUGCGGAAUGCAAGCUGGACAGAGCCCGUUGGGUUGCAGCUCUUCACGAUCUCAAACAAAACUGCAGAAUCACUGAUGACGACUUGCCUCAGUAUGAAGCUACUAAAGCCUACAUGCAAAAAGCACCAGAUGAGCUGAGCUUGCAGCAGGCAGAGGUGGUCAUUGUCCUACAGGAAGUGGAAGGAUGGUGUCAUGGAGAGCGAAUGAGAGAUGGGGAGAGAGGCUGGUUUCCUGCAAACUGUGCCACUCAGAUCACCAACCGAACUGCCAUGGAGAACAACAUACAGCGUAUGGAGCGACUCCGCAAGGAGACUGAUGUCUGAUCGAACUACAUCAUCGGACACGAGUUAACAGCCAGACACGCCAAUGGAUAUUUACUCGGCCGUGUUAUUCCAAACACUAUCAUUCUGUGAAACACUAAACAUGUUAGGCUAAAAUUUAGCCUCAGUCAGGAUUCAUUUUUAUUGUAUGGACCGUUCUGUCUAACAGCUCUCCUCUUGAA